UCCUCCUCCUCCUCCUCCGGCCACCCCCCCUCCUCCCCAUCACCGCCGCAGCCGCCCCGCGCCCUCUCCGCCAGCCGCUCGCAGCCCGGGGACCCGCAGGCAGCCAUGGCCGACAUCAAGACGGGCAUCUUCGCCAAGAACGUGCAGAAGCGAAUCAACCGCGCGCAGGAGAAGGUUCUUCAGAAGCUUGGCAAAGCUGACGAGACAAAAGACGAACAGUUCGAAGAAUAUGUACAGAACUUCAAACGGCAAGAGGCAGAGGGCACCAGGCUUCAGCGGGAACUCCGAGGAUAUUUAGCAGCGAUCAAAGGCAUGCAAGAAGCCUCGAUGAAGCUCACCGAGUCGCUGCAUGAAGUCUAUGAGCCUGAUUGGUAUGGGCGGGAAGAUGUGAAGAUGGUUGGCGAGAAAUGUGAUGUGCUAUGGGAAGACUUCCAUCAAAAACUAGUGGAUGGGUCCCUGCUGACACUGGAUACCUAUCUGGGUCAAUUUCCUGACAUAAAGAAUCGCAUCGCCAAGCGCAGCAGGAAGCUAGUUGACUAUGACAGUGCCCGCCACCACCUGGAGGCUUUACAGAGCUCCAAGAGGAAGGAUGAGAGUCGAAUCUCUAAGGCAGAAGAGGAAUUUCAGAAAGCACAGAAAGUGUUUGAAGAGUUUAACGUUGACUUGCAAGAGGAGUUACCAUCGUUAUGGUCGAGACGAGUUGGGUUCUAUGUCAAUACCUUCAAAAAUGUCUCUAGCCUUGAGGCCAAGUUCCAUAAGGAAAUUGCCGUGCUUUGCCACAAACUGUAUGAAGUGAUGACAAAACUGGGUGACCAGCAUGCUGACAAGGCCUUCACUAUCCAAGGUGCUCCCAGUGACUCGGGUCCUCUCCGCAUCGCAAAGACACCAUCACCGCCCGAGGAGCCUUCACCCCUCCCGAGCCCGACAGCCAGUCCCAAUCAUACGCUGGCACCUGCAUCUCCCGCACCAGCACGGCCUCGGUCACCUUCUCAGACAAGGAAAGGACCACCUGUCCCGCCUCUGCCUAAAGUCACCCCGACAAAGGAGCUGCAGCAGGAGAACAUCAUCAGUUUCUUUGAGGACAACUUUGUCCCAGAAAUCAGCGUGACGACACCUUCCCAGAAUGAAGUCCCUGAGGUGAAGAAAGAGGAGACUCUAUUGGAUCUGGACUUCGAUCCUUUCAAGCCUGACGUAGCCUCUGCAGGUUCUGCUGGAGUGACCCACUCCCCCAUGUCUCAGACACUGCCCUGGGACUUAUGGACGACAAGCGCUGAUUUGGUCCAGCCGACUGACUCUUCAAAAAGUCUUUCCUUGUGUAACCUGAUCAUGGAGGAAACUCCAGAGAGGGGGUUGGCCGAAGAAAUUCAAAGAUCUCAGAUUGACCUAGGCUCAUUUUCUUGGGGCCCUCAUGCUAGUUCAGAGAGAUUCAGCCAGAAAACGACCUUCGCUGUGUCUCAGGAAGACUCUGCAUGUCUCUCUGAAGCAGAGCAAGACAUGGGAUUACCCAUCGGGAUGUUUCCUUCGGCUGAUGGGCACACUGUGGCCGAACAGGGUGAGCAUGUCCCAGGGCCAGCCCCUCCACGUGGAGAUGAACAACUAUCCCCAAAGCCCAUGCCUGAGGCCGAAUGUGCCAUUGUUGCUUGUGUGGAGACGGAGCAGCCUUAUGACUUACCUGACUCAGAGAUGCCAGCCAUGGAAACUGGUGGAUUCGUCAAAGAAAGUCAAGAAGAUCUUAAAAAGUCAGAAGAAGAGGAAGAGAAAGAGAAGACAGAAGAUUCUAUGUGGGCAGGUGUGGAGACAUGUGGAAAGGCUUCUGAUGGUUCAUUUAAUGGAUUCACCCAGCCCCAGGACACUUCAUUAUUCACAAUGCAGACAGACCAGAAUAUAAUCUGUAACUUGGCUGAGUCUGAACAGGCUCCACCAACAGAGCCGAAAGCAGAGGAGCCCCUGGCCGCUGCACCUGCUGAGGACACCCAGGCUGAAGAGCCAGAGGGGGCAGUGAUCCCACCUGGAACGGAUGCUGAUGUGACGGAUGUUACCUCUGUGCCAGCAGCAGAGGGCGCCCCAGCAGAGGAAGCAGAAAAGGAGAUGGAGGCAGCGCUCCCUGCUGGGGAAGCAGCAAGUUUAGAGGAGCCCAAGAUGGAGAAAGAAACUGCAGAAGUCCCAGACAGUGACAGAUGUCAACCAGAGGAACAGGAAGCAGCAGCGCCUCAGGAGAAGGUCAUCCCUUCUGUCAUCAUAGAGCCCGCUUCCAACAACGAAGAGGAGGGAGGACACGAAAUAGCGACAGGUGCAGAGUCCAAGGAGGCGACUGAAGACCCGGCUCUCUCAGGCCCCACCAGUGAGAUGCCUGCGCCCGCUGCUGAGCAGAAGGCUCCUGAGGACUCCCAGCCGGAGCCCUCCGCUCCGCCUGCAAGCCAGGCCUCUCAGGAAGUGCCUCCCGGCUUUCUCUACAAGGUGGAAGCACUGCACGAUUUCGAGGCAGCAAAUUCUGAUGAACUUACCUUACAAAGGGGUGACGUGGUGUUGGUGGUCCCCUCCGAUUCGGAAGCUGACCAGGACGCGGGCUGGCUGGUCGGCGUGAAGGAAUCGGACUGGCUCCAGUACAGAGACCUCGCCACCUACAGAGGCCUCUUCCCAGAGAACUUCACCCAGCGCCUGGAGUAGGGCCAAGGGCAUUGCAAAAAGAGCCUGGCAUUGAGGUUUUUAAACCUUCGUGAAAACCUGAAGAGUUCACUUCUGCUAUUACGCUCCUAAUGACUUGCAGGCUGAUGCCAGAUACAGGUUGGAAGGCUAUAUCCACGGAGCAUGUGUGCAAAAAAAAAAAAAAAAAAAAAAGUGUAAGAAAAGAAAAGAAAAAAGCAAAUGAAGGAGAAAGUCCUCCCUGGUUCCCCUGUGAUUCAGAACAAGUUUGUUUGUGCUUUGUCCGA